AUGUGGAACGCAGAGGAAGCCGCGCUCAUCAUGCCACGCAUCACGACCCCGUGGACAUCGGAGGAGUACGUCGACCCAGUUCAACAGACGGAGAAGAUUGUAACAGAAGUCAACGCCAACCUCGUUCUUGCGAAUAAUCUGUUCACACCCGCCAUCACCGUGCUAUGGAAGCUGAAGCCGAAUUGGCAUGUGCUGUCUCCGAACACUUACAAAGACUUCAUCUUGAUUACCAAGCCCUGA